AUGCCGCGCGCGCCCAGGUGCCGGGCGGUGCGCGCCCUGCUGCGGGACCGCUACCGGCAGGUGCUGCCGCUGGCCACCUUCGUGCGGCGCCUGGGGCCCGAGGACCGGCGGCUCGUGCGGCGCGGGGACCCGGUGGCCUUCCGCGCGCUCGUGGCCCAGUGCCUGGUGUGCGUGCCCUGGGAUGCGCAGCCGCCCCCUGCCGCCCCGUCCUUCCGCCAGGUGUCCUGCCUGAAGGAGCUGGUGGCCAGGGUCGUGCAGAGGCUCUGUGAGCGCGGCGCGAGGAACGUGCUGGCCUUCGGCUUCGCGCUGCUGGACGGGGCCCGCGGCGGGCCGCCCGUGGCCUUCACGACCAGCGUGCGCAGCUACCUGCCCAACACGGUGACGGACACGCUGCGCGGCAGCGGCGCGUGGGGGCUGCUGCUGCGCCGCGUGGGCGAUGACGUGCUCACCCACCUGCUGGCGCGCUGCGCGCUCUACCUGCUGGUGCCCCCCAGCUGCGCCUACCAGGUGUGCGGGCCGCCGCUCUAUGACCUCUGCACCGCCGCCGCGGGCGGAGCCCGGACUGGCCUCGGACUCCCGCGCCAGGCCGGGAAUGGCGGCGACGGGGAGGCCGGGGGACCCCGGGAGCUGCCGGCCAAGGGCGCGAGGCGGCGUCGGGGCGGCGCGGGGGGCCGUCCGCCUCCAGCCAAGAAGCCCAGGCAUGGCCUGGAGCCCGAGCGGGGUGCCGAAGGGCAGGCGCCCGGGGCCCACUCGGGCAGGGCGCCUGGGCGGAGCGACAGCGACCCCCGCGUGAUGACACCUACCAGAGCCGCUGCGGGAGCCAAGUCUCGGGAGGGCAGCGUGCCCAGGACCCCUCGCCCCUUCCCGCGGGUGGGCGGCGAGAGGGGUGUUCGCGCCCCAUCCUGGCGGCCGCCACCCCCCCAGGGCGAGCCCGGCCCCCGAGCGCUGUGGGCUGAGACCAAGCGCUUCCUCUGCUGCUCGGGGGGCCGGGAACAGCUGCGCCGCUCUUUCCUGCUCUGCUGCCUGCCUCCCAGCCUGGCGGGGGCCCAGAGACUCGUGGAGACCAUUUUUCUGGGCUCCACACCCCGGCCACCAGGGGUUCCCCGCAGGAUGCGCCGCCUGCCCGCGCGCUACUGGCGGAUGAGGCCCCUGUUUCGGGAGCUGCUUAGGAACCACGUGCGGUGCCCCUACGGCGCGCUCCUGCAGGCGCACUGCCCACUGCCGGCCUCCACCGCCCCGGCGGGGCCGGGCGAUCAGAAGAGCCCUGGAGUGGGCGCCUGCUCCGGGGAGAGGCCCGCCGCCACCCCCGAGGGGGAUGCGGGCUCGCGCCGCCUGGUCAUGCUGCUCCGCCAGCACAGCAGCCCCUGGCAGGUGUACGGCCUCCUGCGGGCCUGCCUUCGCCGGCUGGUGCCCGCCGGCCUCUGGGGCUCCCGGCACAACGAGCGCCGCUUCCUGAGGAAUGUGAAGAAGCUCCUCUCUCUGGGGAAGCACGGCAAGCUCUCACCGCAGGAGCUGACCUGGAAGAUGAAGGUGCAGGACUGCGCCUGGCUGCGCGGGAGCCCAGGGGCUCGCUGCAUCCCGGCUGCCGAGCACCGUCUGCGCGAGGCCGUGCUGGCCAGGUUCCUGAGCUGGCUGAUGGGUGCGUACGUGGUCGAGGUGCUCAGGGCAUUUUUCUACGUCACGGAGACUACGUUCCAGAAGAACCGGCUCUUCUUCUUCCGGAAGCGCGUCUGGAGCCAGCUGCAGAGCAUCGGAAUCAGACAACACUUAGAGCGCGUGCAGCUCCGAGAACUAUCCGAGGCAGAGGUCAGGCAACACCAGGAGGCCAGGCCGGCUCUGCCGACGUCCAAGCUCCGCUUCGUCCCCAAGCCCAGCGGGCUGCGGCCCAUCGUGAAAAUGGGCGGCGUCGCGGGAGCCGGGAAGCCGCACAGAGACAGGAAGGUCCAGCAUCUCACCUCCCAGGUCAAGACCCUGUUCGCCGUGCUGAACUACGAACGGCUGAGGCGCCCCGGCCUUCUGGGGGCCUCUGUGCUGGGCAUGGACGACAUUUACAGGGCCUGGCAGGCCUUCGUGCUGCCCCUGCGGGCCCGGGGCCCGGUGCCCCCGCUCUACUUCGUCAAGGUGGACGUGGCGGGGGCGUACGACGCCCUCCCCCAGGACAGGCUGGCGGAGGUGAUAGCCAACGUGAUCCGGCCCCAUGAGAACUCGUACUGCGUGCGCCAGUAUGCCGUGGUCCAGAGGACUGCCCGCGGACACGUGCGCAAGUCCUUCAAGAGACACGUGUCCACCUUCACGGACCUCCAGCCUUACAUGAGACAGUUUGUGGGGCAUCUGCAGGCAGCGGGCUCGCUGAGGGACGCCGUGGUCAUCGAGCAGAGCUGCUCCCUGAACGAGGCCGGCGGCAGCCUCUUCAAGCUCUUCCUGCGCCUGGUCCACAACCACGUGGUCAGGAUCGGAGGCAGGUCCUACGUCCAGUGUCAGGGCGUCCCCCAGGGCUCCAUCCUGUCCACGCUGCUCUGCAGCUUCUGCUACGGAGACAUGGAGAAGGAGCUCUUCCCCGGAAUCCAGCGGGAUGGGGUGCUCCUGCGCUUGGUCGACGACUUCCUGCUGGUCACCCCUCACCUGACACGAGCCAGAGCCUUUCUCAGGACCCUGGUUCGCGGCGUGCCCGAGUAUGGCUGCCUGGCGAACCUGCAGAAGACGGUGGUGAACUUCCCUGUGGAGGACAGUGGCCUGGGCGGUGCGGCCCCCCUGCAGCUGCCGGCGCACUGCCUGUUCCCCUGGUGCGGCUUGCUGCUGGACACCCGCACCCUGGAGGUGCGCUGCGACCACUCCAGUUACGCCGGGACCUCGAUCAGAGCGAGUCUCACCUUCAACCAGGGCUUCAAGCCUGGGAGGAACAUGCGUCGCAAACUCUUGGCGGUCUUGCGGCUGAAGUGCCAUGGGCUCUUCCUGGACCUGCAGGUGAACAGUCUUGAGACAGUUUUCACAAAUGUUUACAAGAUAUUCCUGCUGCAGGCCUACAGGUUCCACGCGUGUGUGCUGCAGCUCCCGUUUAAUCAGCCAGUCGGGAAGAACCCCUCGUUUUUCCUCCGGGUCAUCUCUGACACCUCGUCCUGCUGCCACGCCCUCCUGAGAGCCAGGAACGCAGGGAUGUCGCUGGGGGCCAAGGGCGCCUCCGGCCCGUUUCCUUCCGAGGCCGCGCAGUGGCUCUGCCUGCACGCCUUUCUGCUCAAGCUGGCUCGUCACCGCGUCACCUACAGCUGUCUUCUGGGGGCGCUGCGGACAGCCAGAGCCCGACUGUGCCGGCGGCUGCCGAGGGCCACUCUGGCCGCCCUGGAGGCAGCAGCCGACCCGGCCCUGACCGCAGACUUUAAGACCAUCUUGGACUGA